GCACCUUCAGGCUGCCCCUUCCUGGCUGGGAAGGAGCUGCAGAAACGGCCGGAGGACUGGCCCCUUCAUGAGCUGGGACUGAGCUGAGGGGGUCCCGGGUGAGGGGGCGUCACCAUGGGCAGCCCCCAGAGCAGCGCCCUUCCCGAGGCCCUGAGUCUCCGGCCCUGGGCGCGCUAAGGUCACGAGUGGGAGCUGCGCGCGGGAGGCUGCCUGGACCGCACCUUGCACCAUGGCGCUGCUGAAAGUCAGCUUUGACCAGAAGAGGCGGGUCAAGCUGGCCCAGGGGCUCUGGCUCCUGAACUGGCUCGCGGUGCUGGCCGGCACCGUGGUCUUCGGCCUGGGGCUCUUCCUGAAGAUCGAGCUCCGGAAGAGGAGCGACGUGAUGGGCAACUCGGAGAGCCACCUGGUGCCCAACUCCUUGAUCGGGGUGGGGGUGCUGUCCUGUGUCGUCCACGCUCUGGCCGGCAAGGUCUGCUACGACGCCCUGGACCCGGCCAAGUACGCCAAGUGGAAGCCCUGGCUGAGGCCGUACCUGGCCGCCUGCGUCCUCCUCCAGGCAGCCCUCCUGCUGGCGGCGCUCUGCUGCCUCCUCCUGCGCGGCUCCCUGGAGAGCGCGCUGGCCCUGGGGCUCAGGCAGGGCCUGCGGUUCUACCGCGACACGGACACGCCGGGCCGCUGCUUCAUGAAGAAGACCAUCGACCUGCUGCAGACCGAGUUCAGAUGCUGCGGCAACAACGGCUUCCGGGACUGGUUUGAGAUUCAGUGGAUCAGCAACCGCUACCUGGACUUCUCCUCCAAAGAAGUCAAAGAGUGAGUGGCCCCCGCCCCGGGUCGGCGCCCAAGGGGCCUGGAAGCCAGUGUCCUGUCCCCCCGGGGGUGGUCGCUGUGCAGCACUUCUCGCUGUGAUGCCAGGCUGUGCUGGGGGGACCUAUGGAAUUGCUGAUGUUCUGACAUGUUGUCUAUAAAGGCGGCAACUUCCUAUGGUCCAACCUAACGAUUGGCUAUGGUGGGAGGAGGGUGUCGGCUAUA